AUGACGGAUAUCUCACCAGUCCCUAAAGCUUUCAAAAAAGAUGAUGAUGGUCAAGAAACAACUAUUGAGCUAACAAAUCUUACUGGAAGCUCUCAUAGUCAUCGAAUUAGUAAUAUUGCUAAAGGUUCAGGUUUUACUUUACAUGCAAGAGAUAAAGAAGCUCAAUCAAAUGAUAGAGCACAUUCAGAAUCGUACUCAGCUAUUCAUGAAAUUAAUGAAAAUGAAAGUAUCUCCCUGCUGGAUGAAGAUCUAGAAUUCCCUGAGGGUGGGCUUAAGGCCAACUUGGUCGUUUUUGGUUCAUUUAUGGGUCUUGUGCCAGUUUUCGGGAUGCUUAAUUCAGCUGGUGCUAUUGAGGCAUAUGUUUCCUCACAUCAAUUUGCUAAAGCUGGUGCUAGUGUAGUAUCAUGGAUCUUCUCUAUCAAUAUUUUUAUUGCUUUCAGUUCUAGUAUUUUCUCUGGUUCAUUCUUUGAUAGAAAUGGGGCAAGAGCACCAAUGUCAAUAGGUGCUGUGUUAUUUUCUGCAGGAUUAUUUGCUACAGGUAACGCUAAAAAUGUUUAUCAAUUCGUUUUAGCAUUUGGUGUUGUUAAUGGGUUAGGAUUGGGUAUGAUGAUGAGUCCCUUGAUUGGUGUUGUAUCUCAUUAUUUCAAAAGAAAUAGAGCUACUGCUCUUAGUUGUGCCUCUACAGGGGGUUCCAUAGGUGGUAUUGUCUUCCCAUUGAUUUUACGAUCUCUUUAUCCAAAAGUAGGAUUUAAAUGGGCUCUAAGAAUAGUAUCAUUCAUUUGUUUAUUCUGUUUCGCCUUUUCUUUAAUAUUUGUCAAAGAAAGAUUCUCCAAUAAAAUUGAAGCUGAUGAUGAAGAAGAAGAACAGCCAAAAUCUACAAAACUUAGAAAAUUUAUCAAGAUCUAUUUAUUAGACAUAUUUGAUUAUAAAUCAUUAUUGGAAGCAAAAUUUGUCUUUUGUACAUUAGCUGUUGCAUUAUCGGAAUCUUCACUAAUGGUUAUAAUUAUUAAUUUCCCUUCCUAUGCAAUCAAAAGAGGGUUUAGUGAAAACACUUCAUAUUUAUUAAUUACCAUUGUUAAUACAACCGGGGUUCUAGGUCGUUAUAUUCCAGCUUAUAUUGCUGAUAAAUUCUUAGGUAGAUUCAACGUGGUUAUCCUAACAUUAAUUGGAUGUCUUUUGGUGAGCUUUAUUUUAUGGCUUCCAUUUGGUUAUAGUUUGAAAAUACUUUAUUCAUAUGCAGCUUUAUAUGGGUUCUGCUCUGGUUCAAUUUUAUCUCUAUCACCAGUUUGUUGUGGUCAAAUAUCAAGAACUGAUCAGUUUGGAAAAAGAUUUAGUACAAUGUAUUUGAUUGUCUCUUUGGUAAUGCUUAUCUGUAUCCCAAUUGGUGGUGCUGUUAUUGGUGAUGGCUCAAUUGAUCGUUAUAAUAAGAUGAUCAUUUAUGCUGGGAUGUUGAAUGUUGGUGGUAUAAUAUCUUAUUUUAUGUGUAGAUAUUCUUGUGUUGGGUUGAAAUUAUGUAAAUUUUGA